AUGAAGGCGCUCGUUGUGGUCAACUGCUUCCCUCCGCUGCUGAAGAAUGCUGGAGGUGUCUCCAAGCGGUACCUCACCCUGUGCAGAGCGCUCAUCGAUGGCCUCGGCUGGAAAGUCACCCUCGUGACGCCGGUCGACAUCCGCCGCAGCGGCGAGGCGGACGUGUCGCGGUGGCUGGAGGACGGCAGCAUGAUCCACCUCCCUGCGCGAGGGGUGCGAAUCGAAUCCACCCACGACGGCGUAGCGGUCUUCAACGACAUCUUGUCCUUCGUCAACAUAGGACCCCUCAUCGCCGCCCUCCCUGUCUGGAUGGACGACCUGCCCUGGCGCUUCGAGCCCCUCCUGCUGGUCAGAGCUAUGGCCAUACCCUCUGUCAUCCGACUAUCCACCCACACGGACAUCACCCACAUGCCCAGCUGCAAGGGCGUCGUGAAGUUGGUGUGGUACCUGCACGUCUACGCCGCACACCUCGCAUCGGUGCACGCCACGGUGUCGAAGGUGUUCGGCAGGCAGAUGUCCUCCGCGUACCGUGUGCCAGUCGGCGCUGUGUGGCCGCCCAUACUCUGGUCGCUGGAGUUCAAGAGCGAGCCCGCCGAGUGGACCGAGCGUGCCGCUGCCACGCGGAGGUCUUGGCUGAGCGCCCUGGAGCAGCGCGGCUGCAGGCCGAGGGCGAUCAUGUUCUUCGCGGGCAGGUGGUCGGCAGAGAAACGGACCCGAUCCACCUGCUCGUCGACGCGGUGCCCGAAGACUGCGCACUCGUCAUCUGUGGUGAUGGUACGUCCGAGUAUGCGACCAAGAUAGGGCAGUCAGGCCAGGCUUCUUUGCAUUCGCCUGCAAGGCAUAUGGCAGAGAGUCCAAGAGAGGGCGGAAGGGUGAUGUAGCGUCUAACUCCUGGAGCUUCGUCAUGCACCGUUUUGGAGUGUGAUGCCUUGACACAGGCAAGCGCCGAUGGGAGAGUGAGGGGUUGCCCAUGAU